AUGGCAUCUAUUAUUGUAUUCCCUGUGCAUAAACUCACCUUUGGAGAAAGACCACAUUUACGUACAGAUGAGAGGGAUGAAGUAAAUUUUGAUCACUUUGAAAGUCUUUGCUCAUUCAUUUCAGAUGUGGACCACUGUGACAAGUGCCCAGAAGAUCAGUAUCCCAAUGCAAACCGGGUUCAGUGCAUCUUCAAAGAAAUAACCUACCUAUCCUAUGAAGAACCCUUAGGAAUCAUUUUCACUUUCCUUGCUCUUUUCUUUGCCCUCAUCACAGUCGUAGUGAUGUGGAGCUUCAAUCGGCUCUCCAAUACGCCUAUCAUUAAAGCCAACAAUUGGACCAUCACCUGUAUUCUACUCUCUGCCCUUCUGCUCUGUUUUCUGUGCUCCUUGCUGUUCAUUGGCCAGCCCGGGAAGGUGACCUGCUUUCUCCGCCAAACAUUUUUUGGCAUCAUCUUUUCCAUCGCUGUUUCUUCCGUGUUGGCAAAAACCAUCACGGUGGUUCUGGCCUUCAUGGCCACUAAGCCAGGAAACAGGAUGAGGAAGUGGGUAGGAAAAAGAAUGGCAGGAUACAUAAUGAUUGUCUGUUCUCUGAUUCAAACUGUCAUGUGUGCUGUUUGGUUGUCAACCUCCCCACCAUUUCCAGAGUUGGACAUGCACUCCCAGGUUGGUCAGAUCAUAGUGCAAUGCAAUGAAGGGUCAGAGGUCAUGUUCUACCUUGUCCUGGGUUACAUGGGUCUUCUGGCCAUCAUCAGCUUGACUGUGGCUUUCCUGGCCAGGAAAUUGCCAGGCACUUUCAAUGAGGCCAAGCUGAUCACCUUUAGCAUGUUGGUCUUUUGCAGUGUUUGGGUGUCCUUUGUGCCAACCUACCUGAGCACCAAGGGGAAAUACAUGGUGGCUGUGGAGAUCUUCUCCAUUUUAGCCUCUAGUGCUGGAUUGUUCUGCUGCAUCUGUCUUCCCAAAUGCUUCAUUAUUGUAUUCAGACCUGACCUGAACAGCAGACAGCAGGUAGUCAGGAAAAAGUAUGAUCUCACUUGA